AUGAGUUCACAACAACAACAAUCAUCAUCAACUUCAACCAAUAAUAAUAGUUUACAACAACCAAUACCUACAAUAUCUGUUAAAUUAGUUUUAUUAGGUGAAGCAGCUGUUGGUAAAUCUUCAUUGGUUUUAAGAUUUGUUUCUAAUGAUUUUCAAGAAAAUAAAGAACCAACUAUUGGUGCAGCUUUUUUAACUCAAAAAUGUACAAUAAAUAAUCAAAUUAUAAAAUAUGAAAUUUGGGAUACUGCUGGUCAAGAAAGAUUUGCAAGUUUAGCUCCGAUGUAUUAUAGAAAUGCUCAAGCUGCUAUUAUUGUAUAUGAUAUUACAAAACCUGCAAGUUUUAUAAAAGCAAGACAUUGGGUUAAAGAAUUACAUGAACAAGCAAAUAAAAAUAUAACUAUUGCUUUAGUUGGUAAUAAAUAUGAUUUAGUAGAAGAUGAAGAAGAAGGUGGUGCCAAUGAAAAUGAAGAAUCAUUAAGAAAAGUUAGUUAUGAAGAAGGUUUAAAUUUAGCAAAUGAAGAAGGUUUAUUAUUUUUUGAAACUAGUGCAAAAACAAAUCAUAAUAUAACUGAAGUAUUUGUUGCAAUUGGUGAAAAAAUUCCAAAAGAUAAAUCAAAUGAAAGUAAUAUAAAUAAUGGAAAUGAAGGUGGUAGAAUUGAUUUAUUAAAUAAUGAACAUAUACCACAAAAAUCAAAUACAUGUUGUUAA